UCAUUAUGUGUCGAAACCCUGUCUGUAAAAACUAGGACUGCAGGUCUCGCAAAGGACGACUUCCAGGCCAGUGUGUGUGUGUGUGUUUGUGUGUGUGUGUGUUAUUCUAAAUGUUAAAUUAUCCACCAGCAUAAGCUUUAGUAAUCUGAUUGGAAACAAUUAAGGCGUUUGCUGGGGCUGUGUGUAUGUGUGUUCUUGGAGGAUGAGCGUGUACCUGCUGGUCCUGUGUCUGGCUUUGCUGCAGCAGGAGGGGGGAGCCAGGCCAGAUCCACCAGGCUGCAGCGGCCCUGAUGCGGUGAGAGUGGCAGAAGAGGCCCUGGAGCAGAUCAACCAGGACAGGACAAACGGAUACAUCUUGAGCCUCAACAGACUCUAUGAUCUCUCUCACACUCCAGACCAGGAGAAAGGUGGGUCACUCUACAAACUGACCAUUGAUGUCAUGGAGACCAAAUGUCACAUCACCAGCGGGAAACCGUGGAAGCAAUGCACAGUUAGAGGAAUUGGUGAGGUUCCUGUGUAUGGAGAGUGUGAGGUCUCUGCCUCCGUUGACACUCAGGUCAAACUCCAGAAGUAUUCCUGUGCUCUUCGUGAAGUUCCUGCUACCGCGGUGGUGGACGUGUGCCCAGACUGCCCCACCGCCGACAACCUGAACGAGCCCGUCGUCAAGGAGACAGCCAACCUGUCCCUGCAGAGGUUUAACGAAGAGAGCGGCCUGGCCAACUACUUCACCCUGGAGAACAUCACAAAGGCCAGCUCACAGUGGGUUGUCGGUCCGUCCUACUUUGUGGAGUUCACCAUUGUGGAGACGGUGUGUUCAAGGGAAACGGACGCCAGUGAGCUGAGCAGCUGUCCACCCAUGGACUGUCAGUUUGCUCACAGAGGCUUCUGUCUGGGCUCCCACAUGGCCAACGACGACAUCUUUGAAAUCGGGAACCCUGUCGGGAAAAGGGGCAGUUUGCUUCAGACUCAGAAACCCGUGGAGGUGAAGUGUGAGAUCUAUGAGCCUCAGGCCGCCACUGCGGAGAAACAGGCCCACGCCACGGCCGACAGCGGGCAUCAUCACCACCAGCACCACAACCACACCCACCUGCACCCCCACGAGCACAUGCACUCGGUCACGCCCAGCUCGAACGCCGGCGCCUCCCAGCGACGGGGCUCCCUCGGCGCCGUGGUGGACCGGCCCGCCUCCCCCAGGUCGUCUCCGUCGGCCGUCUCCUGCCCCGGCCCCCGCAGACACCGUCUGGGUUUGGAGAGGCUUAAGCUCUAAGGAGGAGACCUGCAUGUUGUGAUUAGUUAGGACGAGAAACUGUAACUAAAGUAGGAGAGGAUGCUAAUUUAUACUGACAAUGAUGCUUAGAAUUAAAUAUUUUAAAUUGAUUGUGUUUGAUUAAAGUAUUUGCCUGAAGUUGAA